GGCAGGUUCGGUGUCUCACCGAGCCUUAGGUUCGUUCCGAACCAGGAUGCUCGGUUUUUACGGAUCUAUAAAUACGCGGUCACGUUUGUUCGUAACGAGUCAUUGCUGAUUACGUGUGAGCCUGAAAUAGGUCGCCGGGGAAGAAGAUAUUUUGCGUAGAAGGUUGUUUUAACCCGAAUCGAAAGUGAUAAAUGGCUCUUGUAUCCGGAGGACGGUCCACGCUGAAUCCAAAUGCGCCGUUGUUCAUUCCAGCAGCGAUGCGGCAAGUGGAGGACUUCUCUCCCGAGUGGUGGAACCUAGUCACCACUUCCACCUGGUUCCGGGACUACUGGCUGAGCCAGCAACAAGAAGAAGACAAUUUUGGUGGGGACGACAUCGUAAGAAUGUUACCGGACACGAUUGACGUCGGUGUAGAUGAGGAUAUCUUGAAUAUGGAAGCACAGUAUGAGGAAUUUCUCAGCUCUUCCGAGAGCCGUGACUCUCAUGGGAACAAGCGUCCAAUUGGAAUCUUUGCCAACGGGAAUCUGCCAAAGAACCCAAACCAGCCAUGAAAUGGUACUGAAAGUGCGAUGCUGAGGAAGAAAUGAAGAAUGAUUGAUUGAUGAUGGAGUUGUGUUUGAUUAGUUUUAUGUCGUCGUGUACAGAGCAAGGUUUGCGAUCUCUUGCUAGUUAGCCUCGACGCCUCCCUGUUUCAGAUUUAACCUUGUACCUUAACCUUAGACCUACUUCCUUACACAAGACGAGAUUAAAAACACAGAAAAAGGCUUCCCUUCCUUAUAUUUGUAAUGCAAUGCUUUAUUUUA